CACCACCUCCCCAGAGGUUACAUACCAUGAUGGUCAGAUUAGGGGUUGCUGUGAUUAUUCUCAGUGCAGCGUAUGUAGACCAUGUUAACCUGCUAAGUCCAGUGACCACUGUUCAACUUGGUGAUCCUGUAACCCUGCUAUGUGUUUUCCCAGUAGAAGAAUUCAGUGAUGAGCAAAUGCACUGGUACAAGCAAAAUGUGGGAGGAAUUCCACAACUUGUCUCAUCGAUGCAUAAAUAUUUAACAGAGCCUGUGUUUCACUCUGGAUUUAACAAUUCACACUUCAGCGUAACUUUGGCUCAAAGGAUGUUUCGCCUUACUAUCAUGAAGUCGAUCCCAGAAGAUGAAGCCAUGUACUAUUGUGCAAUUGGAAGAGUGAUGACUUUGAAGUUUAGAGAUGGCACAUUUCUGUCUUUAAAAGGAAACGGUCAGAGGUCUGACAACCAGAUAGUGGAACAGCAGCCAGAGUCUGACCAAGUCCAUCCAGGAGAAUCUGUGACUCUGCAGUGUACUGUACUCUCUGAGACCUGUACAGGUGAACACAAUGUGUACUGGUUCAGAGCUGGAUCAGGAGAAUCCCAUCCAGGAGUCAUUUACACCCCUGGGAACAGGAGUGAUGAGUGUAAGAAGAGCCCUGAGACUCCCUCUCCUACACAGAGCUGUGUCUACAGCCUCUCCAAGAACAACCUCAGCCCACCUGAUGCUGGGACUUACUACUGUGCUGUGGUCACAUGCGGGGAGAUCCUGUUUGGAGACGGAACCAAACUUAACACCAUUAAAGGAAACACAGUGGAUCCCAUUGUCCUCAGCUUGGGAGCAGCAGUGGCUGUGUGUGUGAUUGUCAUUUUUAUUCUCGCUUGUACCAAAAACAAGAGACAAACAUGUGAUCAUUGUAAAGCAAGUGUCUCUCAGCAUAUUCACCACGAUGAUAACCUCUCAUCAGAGCAGUCAAGUGGUCAGGUGCCAAACACAGAUAUUUUGAAUUAUGCUGCAUUGCAUUUCUCUGAGAAGAAAACUAAAAGAGGAAGAAAGAAGAGAGACACACCACAGGAGAGUGUGUACUCUGAUGUCAGGUACUCAGACUGGGACUGAACUUUGUUUCAGAUACAGCAUUGACAAAAUGAUCUCAGUCAAAUGUCUCUAUUUAGACACAAUUUAAGCAUUUUGGUAAAACAAUCGCAGGACAUUGCUUUCGGAUUAACUUUCACAAUAGUACAAUACAAUAUCCAAAUACAAUACCAUAGACAAUGGAAUUACAACCAUGUUUCUGCUCAAAAUAUCUUCUGGAGUGGUCGACUUAUUCUGAGCUAGCUGGGUUUUCAUCUUUAAAUGUCUAUGUACACUAUUGGUAAAAAGUGCACAUAUGUUCAUAACAUUGUGUAGAAUGGAACAAUAUCAUAUUGGGUUGAUAUGUGCAGAAUAGUUUUUGUUCCAUACAUUAUCACAUAUAUAAUUAUAGCAAUAAAUGAAUGUUGUAGGAUUAUCAUUGUCAUUUAAUAUCACUGAAUAUUUCUAGUAUAGGGUCUUUGGUUUGUUAUUCAUUUCACAAGAGGUCAAAUUCUUACUGUCUGUCAUAGUUAAAUUAUGGACAUAACCAUUUCAUUCAUGAUUAUUCAAACUUUUAAGUCAUAAGAAGCAUUUUUGUACCAUCAUGUACAUUCAUAUUUUUGUAUAAUAUCUCUUUAAUGUAAUAAUUUAACUUUAUGAAGUCAAUUUACAUAUGAUAUUAUGCUAAGCUCUUACUGUGGAGAGGCAACUAGGAUGAGUGGGCUACUCCUCAUAGAGGUAGGUCUAGUAAACCAUGUAAAGGGCAUUAUGGUCAAAUAGAGAUAUGUAUCGGUCGAAUAGAGUAUGGUAUCAAUUAGUAGGCUUAAAGCAUUCAACAGACAGACUGGGAAACAUUAUAUAACUGUUGGCCCAGAUACACAUCACUGGUCUUUUGAUUGCGCUAACUGCUUAUUAGUUGAAAAUGGAAUAGGACAUGUUUAACUUUUUCCACAGAGAUCCUGUUUGGCAAAGGAAAAAAAAUGGAUAUUGGUAGUUUCUGAAUAUUAUAUUGUGAGUUGUUAUAUUCAAAUAAUUAUGUCUCAUGUAGGAGAGUGCUUAUAGCAUACAGAAACACAUUGUGUUAAAGGGGACAGUCUGGAAUUCAAUUCAAGUUAAUGAUAUAUAGAAAUUAUUAAAUAACAUUUUGUAGCUUAUAGAAGUCACAUGAGCUUGUUUUACUCCAUUGUUUGUAAAUAGUGUUAUUGUAAACACACACUGUUUAGACUCAAAAUAUGGUGUUGUGACUUUACUUUCAUUAGUCUUAUGACUGUAUUUAUUUAAUCCACUAACUAUGUUUAAUUGUUACCCGAUAAAAUAAACAAUGUAACAA